ACGCUUUCGACUGGGCUAUAUUUGGUGGGAACAUGGACUUGAUCCGCUUUUUCCACGCUCUGCACCCACAUUUUCUCCGCAGGGUGAACAACUUUGGGUGCAAUGUGGUCCAUUGGGCAGCUUCGAGUGGACGCGUUGAUGUUCUUCGAUGGUUGGUGGAAGAGGAGGAAAACAAAAGUACAAGUAUUACCUUUCCAUCUCCUGGAGAUGGAGGAGAGACUCGAGCUCAUGAACAAGUUGUAGAAGAAGCAUCUUCAUCUUCUGUGAGCCCUACUACUUCUCUCUUCGCACAGUUAAACGACGCCGGCCAUGGUGCAAUAGUCAAAGCCAGCUGGAAGGGGCAUCGCACGGCCUUGGAGUACUUACUAGUCUCGUCGGAUCUGGAUCUAAGAUGGCAGAUUUCACACAAGGAUAAAGCUGGUUUGACACCCAUAGACCUCGCCAGAAUGGCUGGUCAUAUGGACAUCUCCUUGUGGCUUCAAAGUUUGCUUGAAAAAAAAUCCUCAACUUCGACGCACACGCUUUUGGAAGGCAAGAUGUGACAUUUGAUUUGGCACAGCCACGAUACCCCCAACUCGAUGGCCUCCUAGACGAGGCUCCUAUUUACAACUUUAUCGAUCCCAUUAUUUGUGGUCUCCUGACUUUCUCUCAAGUAUUUGUUACCUUGUUCUUGCUGAUCUGGAACGCCGAUAAUCCGAUUUUGGCGAUGUUGCAUCUUAUUCACGUGCAAAGUUGCUUGAUAAGAAGCAGACCCCCUCGUCUACGAAGUCCACCCAUCUUCUAGGAACGCCC